UGCAGAUUGAACAGCAUCUGAUGCUUGCGCGGCUCGAAAUUCUCGAAGGAAAUAAAUAAAAGGUUUCUAGUUUUUAAAUUAGUGUGUUCUUAUUUGCUAUUGUAAAAGUUAAUCCCUUUAAAAAAUAAGCGACUGAUAAAAUAAAAUGGAAAGUAAUAAAAGAAGGACCAUUGAGAAAGUGCCAGAUAAGAUUUGCCAGUAUGGUUCCGAUUGUUACCGCAAGAAUCCCGCGCAUUUCAAGGAAUUUUCCCAUCCACAUUUGGAAUCGAUUCUAGUGGAAGCUCCAGCUAAGGACAAGUAUCGCAUACCGGACGAGCUAUUCAUGAGCCGGGAGGUGGUUGGAGAACAGCUCAAAAUUUUAGCCCAAAUUUAUCCCGACCUGCUAAACAAUAAUCGUCCUCCGACGAAGCAUUCUAAGAACGACACCAAACUCGAUUCGCAACCGAGCUCCACCAGUGGAUCGUCGCCGAAAUUAGCUAGUUCCCAGCCCGGAAGUGUAUCCACCGCAAAUAGUGAUGCCAAAUCGACCAGUUCCUCUUCUAGCAAAAAAUCUCCACCGAAAGGUAACGCCGUCGCUGAUCUGUUUGCCGAGCGUAGGGCGAAAAUGGCUAAAAUACGUGAAGAGCAAAAGAAAACAGAACCCCAACCGUCGACCAGCAGUUCACAGGCACAGAAGAAACCAGAUCCACCCAAAGAGACGGGAAUUUCAUUGAAAAAGGUUAUCCCACGGAAUAUUCACGACUACUAUCCAGUGGUAGCUCCCAAAGGUCAAAUGGCCAAGAAGCUUGCGGAUGCAGCUCCCUACAACUACUUCCUGACGACUAUAACCGAUGCCAAAGUGACCCACUCGGAACCGUUGUCGGUAACGUUUCAGGAACUGCUGGACGGUAGCCUGGGGGAGCUGGAAUGUUCCGUUCAAAUGAACUUUAUGGUGGAUAUCGGGUGGCUUCUGGGGCAUUAUUUUUUUGCCGGAUACGAAGAUCGUCCAUUAUUGAUUCUAUAUGGCGAUGAAACUCCCGAGCUGAAGAUGGUGUCCUCGAAAAAACCGAACGUAACGGCAGUGAAAGUCAACAUUAGCACACCCUUCGGGGUCCACCAUACCAAAAUGGGGUUGUACGGAUAUACGGACGGGUCGAUGCGAGUUGUAGUGUCGACGGCUAAUUUAUACGAAGACGAUUGGCACAACCGGACACAGGGGCUGUGGGUCAGUCCAAGGUUACCGGCGGUUCCGGAGGAUGCGGAUACAGGUUUCGGCGAAAGCAAGACAGGUUUCCGGGAAAGUUUGAUCACAUAUUUGAAUUCAUAUAAAAUUGGUCACCUGCAACAGUGGGUGACUAGAGUUCAAAAGAGCGAUUUCAGUCAGGUGAACGUUUUCCUAGUUGCAUCAGUUCCUGGUGGCCAUCUUAAUACUCCUAAGGGACCGCUAUGGGGACAUCCUCGGUUAGGUUAUUUACUGGGAAAGCAUUCCGCUCCUGUCGAUGAUACUUGUCCGCUGGUGGCUCAAAGUUCCAGCAUAGGCAGCCUUGGUCCAACUCCACAGUCUUGGGUCCUGUCGGAAAUAAUGGCCAGUUUUAGGAGGGACUCGGCCCCCAUCGGACUGCGAAGAGUUCCUGCUUUCAAGAUGAUAUUCCCAAGUUUCUCCAAUGUUAGGAACAGUCAUGAUCAUCUGCUGGGAGGGGGAUGCCUACCAUAUAUGAAGGCCACGAACGAUAAGCAGCAGUGGUUGAAGGACUAUUUGCAUCAGUGGAAAAGUGAUUCUAGGAAUAGGACCAAAGCAGUACCUCACAUCAAAACCUACUGUCGGUGGUCUCAUCGAGGUCUGUAUUGGUUCUUGCUGACGUCGGCGAAUCUUUCGAAAGCUGCCUGGGGUGUGUACAAUAAAUCGGCCAAGUUUGAAGCGCCGCUCAGGAUCAACAGCUACGAGGCAGGUGUCUUAUUCUUGCCAAAGUUUGUGAUUGAGGAAAACUUCUUCCCGAUGGAAUCGAAGCCUGAUCAACAGCAUCCCACCUUUCCCAUGCCUUAUGACGUUCCGAUAAUUCCUUACGCUCCUGAAGACACUCCGUUUUUCAUGGAUUAUCUUAGGGGCUAGUAUUAUUAUGAUUAUGAUGCCGUAUGUCUCGAAUA